ACUCAACAACCACAACCGCAAUCGCAAACAUGUCAGGCCCCAGUGACAAGGCGCGCUUCUACCUCGAGCAGUCGGCGACGGAGCUCAACGAGCUUGAGCGCAAGAAAAUCUUCACACGAGACGAGAUCAAGUCGAUCGCGAAGAAACGUUCCGACUUUGAGCACAUAAUCAACGCACGUGGCUCUCACCCCGCCGACUACAUGCGAUACAUCGAGUUCGAGAAAAACGUCGAUGCUCUCCGCCGCAAGCGAGUCAAACGGUUGGGGAUACGCUACAAGGGCGCUGCACAGCGAACGAUCUACUUCAUAUACAACCGCGCCACCCGAAAGUUCUCGGGAGACCUCACGCUAUGGAUGCAGUACAUCGACUUUGCGCGCAAGGACAAGGCAUACAAGCGACUGAACGACAUCUUCACCUCCGUGGCCCGUCUCCAUCCCACCAAGCCCGAGAUAUGGACACUGGCAGCCAACUACUUCAUGGAGAGCCAGGCCGACAUAACCAAUGCGCGGAGCUACAUGCAGCGUGGACUGCGCUUCUGCAAGAACUCGGAAGUGCUGUGGCUGGAAUAUGCAAAGCUGGAGACCAUCUAUGUCGGAAAGAUUGCGGGUCGAAGGAAGAUUUUGGGUCUGGACAUUGAUCGCACAAAGAGCCAACAGGGCGAAGACGAUAUGGACACAGACAUGAUUGCGCUUCCGCAAGUUACAGCAGAGGACAUCGACCCGAGCUUGAAGCAGGACGAUGGCGUAGACGAGGUGGCUCUGCAAAAUCUGGCUUCUGCACCCGUGCUGACUGGCGCCAUUCCGCUUGCCGUCUUUGACUCGGCAAUGAAGCAGUUCCAAGGCAAACCCAGAGUCACAGAGAAAUUCUUCGACAUGUUUGCUGAGUUCGAUCAGCUCGCCUGCAUCCCGCGCAUCUUGCAGCACGUCUUCGACCAUCUGCAGCAGAACUCGCCUCAGGCUGUAGAAACUGCCAUCUGCACGUUCCGCAUGCAGCUGUUUGGUCGCAGUCCCCUCGACCCAGAGCUUCCUCUUGCUUUGGGAGAUGCGCUUGAUUCGAUUAAAUCCACCAUCCAGCAGCAUCCCAGCGAGGCUGCUCGUCUUUCCGAGGUCGCCGUCCGUCAACUGUUGUCUCUCGAACGCGUAUCCGCAGACGCAGAUCCAGCCCUGCAGAAAGUGCUGCGUGUUGCGCUUCGGAAACAUGUGCGAGGAUUGGAGUCUGGAGAAAAGGUGGCAACUCUAGCCAAGUCGUUACGGCAAGAGGGAAGAAGAGACGAUGCAGAGGCGUUGGUAAAGUCGGGCAUCAAGUACUGGGCCGAAAGUGAGGAGUUGCAGAGUCUCCAUAAGGCGUUGGAGACAUGAAGGAUUCAAGACGACCCGUCAGCAUGUUGAGCACUGAAUCAGGAAGAUUCGACUCUGAUAUUUCUUGGUCAACUGGAUAUCAUCACUUCACACAUCCAAUUUCGAGCUGUUACAACACAUACGGUCGACGGUAGCCGCAACAAUAUCAAUCAUCACCCCGACCCCCCCUCCUCGAGCUCUUCUUCGCACUGUGUUGCUUCUUGGUCUUCAGUCGACGCUCAUUGUCAGACUUUUGCCUGGAAUCCCAUCAGCACACUCGCUCUAUAGGCGAAACACAUUGCAACCUACAGAUCCUUGACACGCUGCACCUGCUCCAUGGACGUCUCAUUUGGCACUGCGUCGUGCCCCGCCUCCACAAUUGCUUCAAACAGGCGCUUGUAGCAGUUCUGAGCAUUGUCACUCUGCUUGC